AUGGUUUACCAUCUGAAAGGCAUUGAGCUGAAGGAGGGCAAUGCACAUGCCGACACCGCAGGAAUAGAGGCCUACGCGUUGUUAUAUGAGAUCAAGGCGAUCAAGGAAGACGACGAGAGCGGCACGCUAGCCGCGGCUGAAUUCCAGGAAAUCAGCAAGGAAGAGAUCAAGACCUAUCGAGAGCAGGAGAAAUGGAUGGACAAUCCCGAUCUCCAGCCUUCAGAUCUUGAAGCCGCUUGUGCGAAACUACGCAUCCCCAAUCCAGCUGUUCCGCGCAUGCCAGGAAUGACUAUGUUGACGCUCAAGUUCUGGCAACCGACAGCAGCGGCUGCCUUGGUCGAAUUUGAGAAAGGGCCUUUGCGGGGCGGCGUUCUCGCCGAUGAGGUCGGCAUCGGCAAGACGUUGACAAAUCUCAGUGUCAUACGAGAGAGGGAGUAUUAA